GUCAACACAUUCUAGGCGGGUCCCCUGGGACAGGCUGUGGCUCUUCCUAACGCUCCCCACCUCCUCCCCGCUAGUCUGAUCCCGCUCCAUUCUGCCUGCUUUCUCUGAAACGUCCAGCAUGGAGGCCAGAUGUUCACAGCUGGGCAGCCAUACCCGCCCCUAUCGGUGACAAGCAGCAGAGGGGACCUCGGGCGGGCCGUGGAUGGAGCAGCGCUGGGGAUUUUCAGAGCCCUGUCAGGUCCCGUAAGGAGAGCCUGCUGGCUCUUCCCUCUGGUCUCACUGCCCCAGAGUUCACCCUGGAGAGGGGGGAGGCGCAGUAUGACUACUUCCCAGCCGACCCUCCACCCCCAUCCUUCCUCCCCCGAGGGCAAAUCAGACACCCAGAUCCAGUCGGGAGCUUCCGCCCUGCUAGCCCGUUCCACUUCAGCGCAGGGACAAGAACCCACCGCACCGUCCCGCACUCAACCUCCGGAGUUUUUAAAGGCUGAGAUCCUGGGACACACAGGCACAAGAGAACACAGGGAUAGUACCCGCCCCGAACCCCCCAGCAGCGCCAGGCUGGGGCCAGCGCCGUGGAUGAGAGUUGCCCGUGCCCCCCCCUGCGGGUGUCCCUGCCUGGGGCGCAAGGCUGGGACCCCCACGCUGAGCCCACUUACCUGCUGCGUGCCCCAUGCUCCCUCCUCCGUCACCUGGAUGAGCAGCCCCACCUGCCCCAUCUGGUGGGGAGGGGUACUUACAUCCCGUUUGGCUCUGAGAUCCUUCAGGGUCCUGAGUGAGGCUAGACGCAUGACUUGGGACUGUUACCCUAUCUCCCUAAACCUCGGGUUCUUCAAUCCCUAA